AUGCUCUCUGCGCCUUGGGAUGGCGCCGCGGCUGUGGCGCCGAUGGAUUGGGAGCGGUCCAUUUCGGGCGCCCUGUCCGUGUCCGUGUCCAUGCUGCGCUUCGCGCUGGCGGCAUUCGCGGCCAUACCUGUGGGGUGGGCGCUCGGGCGCGUGCCCUCGACCACGGGUCGCCACUGGUACUCCCUGUUGACAGGCUUCUUUCUCAUUUUCUAUCCCUUUGGCUGGGAGGUGCUGCAUGUUGUGGCUGUGUCACUCCUCACAUAUGCAACGAUGAGGGUCGCUCCCCAAAGCUGUGGAUUCUGGGGUUGGUGGAUCAAUUUCCCCUAUGUCAUCGCACUGCAUGUCAUGAAUGCAAGCGGAGAAUCCUGGCAGGCAGGGGACAUGGAUAUCACAGGUGCGAUGAUGAUAGUGAUGCUCAAGAAUAUAUCCAUCGCUGUCUGUCGCCAGGAUGGCACAUCCAGCCAG